CCGCUCGCCAUGGCCAUGGCUUCCCCGGCCAUCGGGCAGUUCCCUUACCCGCUGCUGCUGGACAAGGAGCAGCAGCUCUUCCUGCAGAGCCUCAGCGCCAGCGAGAGGAAGAAGAUCCUCAAGCGCUCCGCUUCCAAUGACAUGAAGCCGCCGCCGCCGCCGCAGCAGCAGCAGUCCAGGCGGAGGCAGCCGCAGGAGCCGCCGUCGCCGCACGCCGCGGGGGCCCUAGGGGCGGCGCAGCGGGCCGCGGACGAGGGCAGCGGCGGGCUGGAGGAGGCGCAGGGGGGCGGCGGCGGCGGCGGCGCGACCCGGCAAGAGCGCAAUGCGGAGGAGCCAGUCCCGGCGGGCGUCCCCGGGACUCUGCGCUUGGCUGCCCGCGGGAGGUACUUGGGCAACGCGCUGGAGCCCGAGCACGCCGGAAAGGACGGAGCAGAGCCGUUGGGAGCCCCGAUCCCCCCGGGAGGGGAGGCUGCCGCGGCCAAGUCCCUCCGCUCCGGCCAGCCGCACCACCACCAUCACCACCAACGGCUGCGGCUGCGAUCCGGAGCGCCGCGCCUGCUGCCCGACGUGCGCACCAUCUUCGAGCAGCCGCGGGACCCGCGCGUGCGGGAGGAGAAGGGCGAAGGGCACCGCUUCGAAGCCGUCGCCCUCUGGAGGGGCUGGUGCGACCUGUGUGGGGAGGCCGUGCAACAGCGGGCGCUGCGCUGCGCGAACUGCAAGUACACGUGCCAUCAGGAAUGCAGAAGCCUCAUCCAGCUGGAUUGCAGCCAGCAGGAGGGACAGAUCCGCAGCAAACCUUCACCAGAAAAUACCUUAACACAAAACUAUAGCCAGAAUGUAACAAAAACAGUGGAAGAAGAGAAACUGAAAGCUCCGACUGUCCAAGAGCUCAAGGUGAAGAUCGACAAUUACAAUGCAAAGGUCAACAACUGCUUGCUGAUGAAACUGAAUGAUGACAGCACUUACACAGGUUUCAUCAAAGUGCACCUGAAACUGCGCCGGCCUGUGACGGUCCCAGCAGGGAUCAGGCCACAGUCUAUCUAUGAUGCCCUCAAGGAGGUCAACUUGGCCAACAUGACAGAGAAGAGAACCUCCUUCUACCUGCCACUGGAUGCCAUCAAACAGUUGCACAUCAGCAGCACCACCACCGUGAGUGAGGUGAUCCAGGGACUUCUGAAGAAAUUCAUGGUGGUGGACAACCCGCAGAAAUUUGCACUUUUCAAGCAGAUGCAGAAAGAUGGUCAAGUUCUUUCCCAGAAGCUCCCAGUAACAGAGUACCCUUUGUACCUCCGGCUGCUCGCAGGCCCCGACACAGACACUCUAAGUUUCGUGUUGAAGGAAAAUGAAACGGGGGAAGUUGAGUGGGAUGACUUCUCUAUUCCAGAGCUACAGAAUUUCCUGGUAAUAUUGGAAAGAGAAGAAAAAGACAAAAUCCAGCAGGUGCAGAAAAAGUACGACAGGUUUAAGCAGAGACUGCAGGAAGCCUUGAAAGAAGCAAACGGGAAGCCAGGAUAACCAAAACUGGAAAUAUGGCUAGUGAUAAACUAAUAUAUAUAUA